GCUGGAAACAUCCCCCUUAACCAUACAAAAAGGUUGAAUCCCUGACCAUAACCGUCUGCUCAUUUUGAAAAUUAUCACCCCUGGAUCUGGAUGCAAAACAUCUGGACAGCAUAUCCCAGAGAGCCUUUAAGACGGAGGAAGCAUUGAGAGGUUCCACAGAAUUUCACUUCAGGAUGAACUCAGCACAUGUUCUGCAGGCUCUGCGCCUGCUGAUGGUUUUCUCCACGGUCAGUGCUCAGCAGGGCUACAUGUAUGAUACCGGUGAGGAGUGGGUGAAUACUUGGCGCCAGGGCUUCAACUUUCAGUGUCCCCAUGGUGAGGUCUUAGUGGCAAUCAAGAGUUACUUCAGUGAGAAAGAAGGCUCGGAUCGCCUGUGGAACUUUGAGUGCCAGAGGACUCCCUACGACUGGGGAGAGCCUAGCGAAUGCUGGUGGGACGAUAUCAACAGAGCCGGGAUGGAAUGGUCCUCAGUUUGCACUAACAAUGGGCUGGUUGCUGGCAUUCAAAGUCAGUACUUUGAAGCGGUUCUGGAUCGAGAAUGGCAGUUCUACUGCUGUCGAUAUGCCCGCAAAUGCCCGUAUUCCUGCUGGAAGACAUCUGAUGUUCCAGAGUACCACAGAGAAGAGGGAGAGAUGGUAAUUCCCAGUUACGGCUACUUCAUAAGGGGGGCUCAAACUACAUUCAGUGGUGUACUGAGGGAUCGGCAGUGGAAGUACAUCUUGUGCCGAAUGACAGACUUUGAUUGUCAAUUUGAAAAUUUCUAAACUGCAUUAAUCACUUAAUGUCCUUAUCGACACAUCUAUGCUAAAUGAGCACAUGAACAUCACCACAAGAGCAUUUAGAAUAGCACUCACAGAAAGCAUAUGACAUACUCCAAUUUUUUAUUAGCUUUACAGUUUACAAAUUAUUGUUUUGCUCUGUUUGUAAGUCAGCAUGGGCUGCCAUGUUCUCAUAUUUUGCAGUUAUUUCUGUUAUUUCCAUGUUUACAAAUAAUUUGUAAUCAUUUUAAAAUAUAAAAUAUCCAACAAAAAGGGACAAAAACAUUUUUAUAUUGUUGUGUAUUAUAAAUAAGCAGCACAUACAUUUAUGUUAUGCAACCAUGUAAUAAAAACUGCAUGAAGUUAACAGUAGUGAACACUUUGAGUAUCACUCAACACUUAUAUAGCAAACGUAACAGUUUACAUUACAUAACCAUUCUAAUAACACAGUCCCACUUUAUAUUAGGUGGCCUUAACUACUAUGUACUUACAUUUAAAAUAAUGAUUUGAUACAAUGCACUUAUGUACAUACCAACGCUAUCUCACGAGUCACGACCAACUCGUAUGUACGAGGUGGCCAAUUCGUACAAACUCGUACGACCUCACUAGUGCAAAUUCAUAUGAUUUGUGUAAACCCCAGUAAUGGGUAGGUUUAGGGGCAAAUUUGGCAACUCGUAUAAUUAGUACGAUUUAGCAAAAAACGUACAAAUUCGUACGAGUGAGCUCGUACAAAUUCGUAUGAAUUAGCCACCUCGUAAAAUACAUACGAAUUGCCGUGAGUUUAGUACAUACAUGUUUUAGUGUUUAGUACAUACUUAUAUUUUAAAAAAUACCUGCAUGUAAUUACAUCUGUAAUUAACUUCUGUAAUAAUUACACUGUUGACCCAACUAACCCUACCCAUACCACCAAACCUGUCACUAACCGUACCCGUAUCCCACCUCAAUAGCUGAAAAGUGUUUUUCAAUACAACAUGAACACAAUAAGUACAUUGUACUUAUUUUUUUGAUGUAGCCUAAGUACAUAGUAGUUAAGGCCACGUAAUAUAAAGUGGGGCCAAAAAUACUUUUGCUGACUGUUUAAAAUUCUAUCUCCAAUGCAUUUUUGAAUGGUUGUUGUAGAAGUUCAAAAUACUCUCUCAAACACUUGAAGCCUUAAAACAUGCUGAAUUCUUUGGGAAAAUGUGUUGAACUAAUAAAGCAAAGGUUUUUCCCAUGG